AUGAAUUACUUGUUCGAACUGGACUACUCCUCGGGGUCUGGAUCAUCAGUGAUGGCGACUGGAUCACCCCUACAGUUGAGGUUCGACGAUACCUUCGACUACGAAUAUUAUGAGGAUGAAUUUCAACUUCAGCGGCAUGCUUCGGCCCCUAGUUUAUAUCAAGAGUUUGAUCCUGGACUCGGGCUAGGUCAGAAUAUCUUUCAAGCCCAUGGGGGUGCUGGCACAGACCCUGGCUUCUUACUGUCCAUGGGACUAGACACCCUGGGCCUUCAAUCAUUACAAACAUUACACAAUCAGAAUCCUAUGGCAUCAGACAACUUACAGCCAAAUUCACUUCAGGCAACUUCCCUUCAUUCGACUUCCCUCCCAGCAGAUAAUCUACAGCCUCCCAGUUUACAGUCAUCACUUCCACUCCCUAGCAACAUUCCUAUCACCGUCCCUUUGCUGAAUAAUAUUUCUGGGAUGACAAAUAUGACAAGCUAUCCGACACUAAUGCUGUCCCCCAGCUCCCCCGAGAAGAAAUCUUACGAAGAUAACGAACUAAAGAAACUUGCUUACGACAAUUCCUCCCGAUCAUUUGAACAUUUACUUGCACAUCCCAUAACAUCUCCGUUCAUUUCAAAAGAGAAUCAUAAACAACUCCUAGGUCUUAUUUGGCUCCUUCAAAACUGUGAAACCAAUGCCACCGCUGUGGUACCACGGAAUAAAAUCUAUGCCAACUAUGUGCGUACCUGUUGUCAACACGGUAUUUAUCCCUCCAGUUCCACUAAUUUUGGUAGACUCAUUAAGAUAUUGUACCCCAAUUUGACCAUAAGAAGAUUGGGAGUUAAAGGACAAGCCAAAUAUCAUUAUUGUGGUAUCAAAUUGGUAGAUGAAAGUGGGAACGAACUUCUUAGAUCACUGCCACCAGCAUUGCGUGAUCAAUCGACAGGAACUCUGAAUUGGAUAUAUUUCCCCGACCUUUUCACUUCAUUGACAUCCAAUUUCAACGACAAAGUCAUACUCCCCAAUAUCUACUCCUUCAUAGACCCUGAUGAAUUUGAUAACGACCUCGUAGAUACAUUUUUCUCCAUUUAUCAACUCACAGGGACCCUCAUGGUGAAGAAUUUCCGUCAUUUUCAACCCCAGAAAUUCUUUGAAAAUUUCCAUAAAUUCCAGAACAUCUUAUCAACACCCAUACUAAAACUUUACACGAACGCUCAGCUACUUGAAUGGGUCAAAUAUAGUGAUCGAGUAAUUUAUAAGAAGAUUUUGAUCAUGAUUUUGAGCUUAUUGAUUACUCGGUCCACCGAAGCCUUGGAAAGUAUCAAGACUUUUGCCCUGGAAUUCAAAGAUAAAUUGUUUGAAUCGUUUAAUAAGAUUCUGAAAGAGUUUAUCGAGUUCAAACUAAAGAAUUCAGAGUUGUUCGUAGAUCUUUUGAACAGAUUAAUCAAAAUGGUAGAAUUCGGAUAUAAGUUUGAUACUAUAGAAAUCGAAUUCAAUACUAAACUGGUGGGAAUGGUACUCGGACGAGUUCCAUUAUCUCGUUCUAAUGCCCAAGUUCUUGGACUGAAAAUUCUGUCACUCGAGCUUCAUGACCUGUUCACAGAAUUUAUACUGUCAUUGAACACAUGGUACCCAGCAUUAGAAAGAGUUUCGCCACGUUUGUUUGUUCUGGUAGUAAGUAUGACAUUGAAUCAAUUGAGUAGAACUAAUCAUCCUUUGAUGGCGUGGUACGAGAUAAAAUGGUUCAUAGAGAACUAUUUCACAGUAUACUUCGAGAUAGGAGGAAUGGUUGACGACAGUGAUUUUGAAGGAUCACCAAUGAAGGAAGGUGAAAUGGACCUUUUGUUUUUGUGA